ACCGAAAAAUCUCGGACGGGACUUGCUGUCUGCAUCUCCUUCUCCUUCAAUUCAAUAUAUUUAUCUUAUCUCUGAAAAGUUCGUCAGACAUACUCCCUCCAUUAUUUUCCUCCAACAAGAUCACCAGAGUUUUGCAAAACCUUCCUUCCUGCCUUUCUUUCUUGCUGGGCGCAGAGAUAGGAUGGAGAAUCAAGUCGUAGCGAGACGCCGAAUCAACUUGAUAGCAGCUCACUUUGCUGCCGCUGAUGAUCGCUCUGCUACCCGCGUCCUCCCUGUGAACUGUAGUAGUAAUUUAAGCUCUGUGAUCCGAAGAUGUGACAAUAGAACGUAUUUUGCACGGCAAGGGUCUUGCUCUCAAACAUGUUUCAUGAAACAGGCUUCGAUUGAACAGGGUAGCUUAGCUCAGUCUAGUGUGCCUUUUGAUUUCUCUACUUCUGCAAAGAAGGGCUCGCUUACUGCCUUUGAAGCACCAAUGUUUUCUAGACCUGCUACAAUGCCAGCCGGAUUCCCAAAUGUCAAUGUAAUGAAAUAUGUGGCUGAAGAUGGUGAAUCUGCAGUUGAUCCCCCAAAGUUUGCUAGGCCAAACACAUUCAGUGGAGAAAAACAUUUUCACCUGAAGAAUGAAAUGCGUGCUCCUGAUUUGAAUGGAACUGAGUGGUCACCAAGGAUGGAUGUUGGAGAAUCUGGACGCAAUUAUGUUGUGACAGUGGAACUUCCUGGUGUUGGCAUCAAUGGCGUUAGAGUGGAGGUUGAUGAUCAAAAGUUGACUGUCACGGGCAAACGCUCAACCCAAUGGUGGAAGGUGGCCAGUUUUGCAAAUGAUUCAAUUUCCACAUAUCACAAGAAGGAGAUUGUGCAAGGCCCAUACCAACUUGUGUGGUCACUCCCUGCCGAUGUCAACAAGGACAGUGUUGCUGCUGAGUUUGUGGAUGGAAUUCUACAGAUUGUCAUUCCAAAACUUUGAAAAUUAGCGGCCGUGGAGGCUUGGCCAACUAUAGUUUGUUCCUUUAGAUGCAUAUGUACUUGUGAGCAGCGUUAAUAUCGUUUGUAAUAGCCCAGCCCUUUGUUUGGAUAAGAACAUUUGGCAGUGGAAGGGCUAUGGGCCGCAGCAGGUGACACCACAGGAGGAGUGGACUGAAGAAGGUGAGGCUCACUCUGCUUCAGUCAUUUUUCUUCUGUACGGUGUAAAGUAGCAUUACACUUCAGCAGUAGAAAACACUUGCGUAUUUCAAUGCCUGAAUUCUGUUGGAGCUAAUAAUAGAUGGUCAUUCCAGUCUAUUACUAUCAUAAGCUUUUUGGGCAA